AUGGCGGGCAAAUUGCCUUCCUCGUCGGCGAUCCGGCAGGUGUGGAACAAGAGGACAACGACCGCAGUGGUGUUUACUGUAGUGCUGUUGCUGUGCUGGACUCUGGGCCCUGCGUCAAUUCAACAAUUGAAGACAACAGCCCUGCAAUACACAGAGCAGCGGCCAUUUGCCGGCCAGACAUCACAGUCUGGAGACGCAGUUGCAGCAUCAUUGGAAGUCUCUGGAGACAAAGAAGACGUUGACUUUCCCGGUUCCUUCACAGGAAAUGUCGCCUUGCUAAUGGAAGAGGACCCGAUGGCCAUCUCGAACUUCGCAUCAGUACUGCUUCACUUCCGCGGCAUGCUCGGCCCGCACUGGCAGGUCGUGAUCCUCACGCGCAGGGGUUGGAAGAUACCCGACAGUCUGAUCCUACGACAGUUCCUGAGCGAGGGCAAGAUCAAAGUGCGCUUCCUGCCCGACGGCGUCACGUUCCCCACACACCCGUCCGUAUCCGUGUUCCUCACGGACCCUUGGCUGUGGGAGACCUUCGAGAAGGUGAACCGCAUCCUGAUGUUCCAGGCGGACUCCAUCCUGUGCAGCAACUCCAGGGCCCGCGUCGACGACUUCCUCGAGUGGGACUUUGUCGGGGCCCCCGUGCUGCCGGCGUACGUGGACUCGGGGCGGCCCAACGCGCGCUCCUUCAACGGUGGGCUGUCGCUGCGCAACCCUCGUAUCUUUGCUGAGAUCGCACGCACUGUAAAUUUCACUGCGGACCUCUACUCCGGCCCGUACAAGGAGCUUCCUAACAGCAUGCGCUUCGAGGACCACUGGUUCAUGUGGAGGAUAGACGAGCGGCCAGACCUGAACGCCAAGAUCCCGCCGCCCGAGGUCGCCGGCCAGUUCUCGGUCGAGACGUGGUACUUCGACCACCCCUUGGGCUACCACCAGCCGCACAGGUGGCAGGCGGAACGAUACGGCGAGAUCGUAGACUGGUGUCCUGAGGUCGGUAUCAUAUUCAACCAGGAGGCGCCGGAUCAGAGGUGGAGCAGUCCACAGUCAUGA